AUGCUGGCGAUCGCUGUCGCGUGCCUGGGUCUUCCGGCUCCAGUCCUCGUCGAGCCGGAACUGGCGGACAGCCGCAGCGUUCGUGAUGGCGCCACCUCCGACUCAACUGUCACUUUGAUUCCAGACACUCUCGAGUCUACCUCGCUCGAGUUGUGUGCCCCGCCUGGCGGUCUGACCGUUUUCAGCGAGGCAGCUCUUCACCCGAGCUGCUCAUCCACUUCGGUUGGCUUUGAGGUCGCCGGUUCGGUCAGCGCUAACGGCGCCUCGACCCUCACGAUGAGCGUCGGCUCGGAGCCGUGGGUGCCACUGCCAAACCUGCUCUCCAACUUCAUGAUGCUGGUGCUUACGGGGGAGCUCACGCUCGACGGCGACAUCGGCGUGUCCUUCGAGCUCACCGCUCCGGCGACUUUUCCAUUGGUGAGGGCCGGCGUUGCGCCCUUCAAGAACCUCCUCCCGGGCUUCACGACGCCGGAGUGCGAGGCGGACUCAGGUUCGACGGGGUAG